CCAAACUGGUCUCACCACCGUCGACAUACUGCCUGCUGGGAUGAAGCUCGCCACCGGAAGGCUACAGGGAUCCUUACAAAUCUAAACAACAACUCUGUCUCGGCGAUAAAUCGUCGAAAGUCCCGUUGAACAACAUUCAGUGAGAGGGAGAAGAAGGGACAGAGGCGCGUGGCCAAAAUGAUGGAAGAAAUAGACAGAUUUCAGGUGCCGAGCGCCGUACAGGAGGCGGAGAUGCAGGCGGAGAUGCAGCCGCUGGAUCCGGCCUCGUCCACAGCCUCAGAGGCAGACUCAGACACCAGAGAGGGAGAACCCGUCACCAUCAACUACAAGCCCUCACCCUUGCAGAUGAAAAUAGAGAAACAGAGAGAGCUGGCCAGGAAGGGUUCGUUGAAGAACAGUAAUACUGUAGGAAGCCCAGUCAACCAGCAGCCCAAGAAGAACAACGUCAUGGCCAGAACACGGUUGGUAGUGCCCAAUAAAGGCUAUUCUUCUUUAGACCAGAGCCCUGAUGAGAAGCCAUUGGUGGCUCUAGACACAGACAGUGAUGAUGAUUUCGACAUGUCCAGAUACUCUUCAUCAGGAUACUCUUCUGCUGAGCAAAUCAAUCAGGAUCUGAACAUCCAGCUGCUGAAAGAUGGCUACCGCCUAGACGAGAUCCCAGAUGAUGAGGACCUGGAUCUGAUCCCGCCCAAAUCAGUCAACCCUACCUGCAUGUGCUGCCAGGCAACCUCCUCCACCACCUGUCAAAUACAGUAACUGUGUCCCUCUGACCUCUUCCUCCCCUCUCCCUGUCCACACAAGAUAACCCCCAAUCUUCAUCUGCUGUGAGUUAACAUCGCUGCCAGAGUGGCGACGGUGAAGCAUUGGUAGAGUAUUGUAACGACAGUUAAGUGCUACGAUGAUACUGAUAAUGAAAAAUAAUCAAAUUAACAAAUAGAAAGUUUGGUUUUAAAUCUAGUGAAAGGGAGACAUAUGAAGAUAUUCAAUAUGUGUUAAAAUAAGAAUAGAAGUUGUGGUUUCCUCCUAUGGUAGGACGAGCAUUUGUGGUUAAGAAUCUUUCUCCUGAUAUAUCGUUGAUAUUUGUAGAAAGAAAACAAAAAAGACCAAGUGAUGCUGUAAAGUGAUCCAUUACCCUGAAAAAAUAAGAGAGAUAUCAUGAUACCUGCUGACUCAACUGUUCUGCUUACCUGGAUUCUGGGUUACAUUUUCUAAUUUCUUUUUAGUUUUUCUUUAAAUGCUUUAUUUUUUCAAAACUGUGGGUUCAGUAUGAUUGUAAGUGUUGAGGUAUUUUAGAAGCUUGGACUGCGGUCUUGAUCCCCCAAACACAGGCUGCUUAGUACUGUACUGUACAGGGUUGUUAUGUAGCACAGGCCAGCUGGUUGCACCUAUCAACACAACCUUCUACACUUUUGCUUUUUUGCCCUGCUGGAUUGAGAUGUUUCAGUUCAGGUUUGAUUGUAUGAAGACGAAUGGCUGAGGAACAAACUGCAUGAGGAGCACUGGACUGAGUAAUGACAUAAUAAACUAAAAAGUAGGUAGCUUGUUGCACAUUUGAUUUUUGCCCCUCUUCUAUUGUGCAAUCACAUGCUGCUGUUAUGAAGCUAGCUUGACUUGUAUUGUUUUGAAUUUGCACUUUUUUUAUUUCUGGGCCCUUACAUAUCUGUGAACUCUUUCCUGCAUAGCAGUGAGAGUGUCUUAUCUGAAAUGAACUGUGUCAAAAGGGAAGAAUACAACAUGCUCACAUAAUCGCACAUAAUAAAGGCCAAAGGGACAGCGGGGGGCGCUCUAGAUUAUUCAGCACACUGUUGUGUUACCUCCUCUCCAACAGUGUCUCAGAACCUGACCAUCACUGUACUCCCUCCUUUACAUUUCUUUUUUCACUUCAGAGAUAAUCAAGGGAGCACACAGGUUCAGACACCACAAACAUGAACCACUUUCACACACAUUUGCAUGCAAACACACACACAUACACAAUGCUGACUUAUACAGGAGUGAUGGCAUUUAUCGCUUGGUGGGAAAUUGUUUUGUAAUUGCAACAUCUCAGAUGAUUGAGGUGGAGCACUAAUAUCCUCUCCUUCCUUCAAAUCAACUGAUUAUUUGCAGUGAGAGUAUGCCUUAAGUACAGAGAUGUUUAAAAGAUGUGUGUAUUUAUUGCCAUGUUGUUUAGUUUUUUAAAGAGCAUUCUUUUAUUAUUUUUUAACAUUUAGACACGAGUGAAUCUUUUUCUUUGGUUUUCCUUUUUUAAAAUGAUUUUCUUGUAUUGUAAACACUUCCAUUACAGUAUUUAACAAUGUUAUUGUUAUGUGCAGUGUA